CUUAAAGAUUUCCACGACGAAGGCUAUUAUCUAUAAGUUCGCAGUUACUUGGCGAUUAUGCAAUGCAGUGAAUUCUCGCCACGUGUAAGAUCAGCGGUGGUUCAAAUGCAACUAAUACCUUGACCAUGUUUGUUUCUACCGACCGGUAUGAAACAUUUAUUUACUACUGUCUUAUACAAGCGAUUAGCAUGCACUUUGUGGAGGCCAUGAAAAGGUUUACACAGGAAGAGAUUUGCCAUGGAACAAAUAUUACCAUCAAUGUAGUACAAAAAUGUCCAGAAAAUGCCAAGACAGUACAAAUAAGAAUUAUCGAAAGGAAAUGCUACCAGUAUCCUAAAUGUGACGGUGAAGUUCUUGUUUAUCAUUGCACUCGAUUUCUCAACAACCUCAUAGAAGUAUGUUCUCCGAAUGGAUUAAUAACAGGUCAUUGUUGUACACAAUUCGAUGAAGGAGUAGGACGAGUAAUAGAAGACUAUAGCACAUCUUGCUCCGAAUGUCCUUUUAAGUAUCAUUCCAACGAUUCAUCAAAAUUUUCAUCAUGCAUUGAAUCAAUUCAACGGACAUCGACAAAAUCACCAAUUAAAGAAUAUGCGAAUGCAAAAGACAUUAUGGACGAAACUAAACAAGUCGAAAACAGACAAACAACCCAGUCUAUCCAAUAUGAUAUAACAACGGAAGAUACAGAAUUGAGAUUGACCAAUGGAAGCAUCCUGAUAAAUUCACCAGAUGUUUAUGUCAUAACUGUAGUUAUAAUGACGAUGUUAGUGUACAUUGCAAUUUGUAUUGUAAUUGCUAUAAAACUCGAAAAAUAAAUCUGUAUUUCGGAAUAAGAUACGUUUAUAUUG